AUGUUUUUCAAAAAUUUCCUAUUUUUACCUGCUCUGGGUUUUGCGAUUAUUUUUCCACCGGAUCCGAAGAUUUUUGAAGGUGUUAAAGAAUUCAAUGAUUGGCGGGUCAAGCGAGAUGAACUUAUUAAUUUGACAGGUAUUUUUUAUUUUCGAAAAACUCUUGGAUUUUUGUCUGGAAAUUAAAAAAAUCUAUAUUUUUCAGAUUAUAAAUUUGGAUGGCCUGAUUUUGCAUGUGAAACAUUGUUAACAUCGGGAGAUGUUCCAAAAAACGUUCAUAAAAUAACACCAUCAGACAUUGGAAUAAUUGCUGCACUUGGUGAUUCAGUUUCAGUUGCACAAGCAGCAGAAGCUGAAACUGUUUCAGAAUUGUUGAAUAUUUAUCCAGGAUCGAAUUUUGUUAGUGGCGGAGAUGUGAGAUUGGAUCAACAAGCGACGCUUUUCAGUAAGGGAAUUUUUUAAUGUUGAGAAAAUGUCCCUAAAUUUUACAGAUAUAUUUCAUCAAUACAACGAGAAACUUCGUGGUGCUUCUUCUAGUCGAAUCAAGAAAUUUUAUGAUUUCAACUUUGCUGUCGCCGGUCAAACAAGUGAUCAAUUAGUAAACCAAACUUUGAAAUUAGUUGAGCGACUACAAAAUCGCUUGCCAAUCGAAGAAUUUCAAAAUUCAUGGAAAUUCGUUAAUAUUUUCAUUGGGCACAAUGAUUUUUGUAAAAUUUGUUUGAAUUCUUCCCAAAUAUUUUCGGCGCAACAAUUUGGAAAAUCAAUCAAUCAAAGUUUGAAUAUUAUAAAAGAAAAUAUCCCAAAAGUUUUUGUGAAUAUAAUGCCACCAAUCAAUGUUUUCAUUCAUGAAGCGACUCAUAAAACUUUGCCAUUUUGCGAAACAGUUCAUCGAAAAACUUGCCCCUGUAUUCUUGAGUUAAGUGAAGUCGAGUUCGAUUCAAUCAAAAAGGAUUAUGAUCUCGAAUUGAAAAAUGUUAUUGAGAAAAUUGGAAGAAAUGAUACAUUUGAUGUUGUUUUAUCUCCAGCUAUUGAUUUAGACAAAAUUCCUCAAAUCGGGGUAUGUUUGUUUUUACAGAUUCUUUGAAAAAUAAAAUACUCUUUGAGAAAUAAAAGAAAAUAUAUUUUUUUAUAGAACACAUCAAAUCUUGCAUUCAUUGCAUUAGAUUGUUUCCACCUUUCUUCAAUUGCUCAUGAUAUAUCAGCAAAACAAAUUUGGAAAGGAUUAUUCCAAUAUGUAAAUCAUAAAGAAAAUGUUGAUUUUGAAACGGAGGAUUUUUCAAAAGUUCAAUGCCCUCCGAAAGAAUGCUCAUAUCUCAGAACAAUCGAAAAUUCAAAAAAUUGUCAAUAUUCUUUACCAACUGGACAAACACGAGAAUUAUUGAUGGGAGGAAAAGGAAAAACUGAUGGAUUUAGUGGAAUUUCUUUAUUUUUUAUUUUGGCAAUGUUUGUCGUUGGUGAGUUUUGAAAAUUAAGGAAAUGGAAAUUGGGAUUAAGAAUAAUUUCUGAUUUCAGGUACUACAUUAAUCCUGAUCUUCACAAAAUAUUCCUUUUCAACUCAAAACUCAAUUCAAAGUCAACAAUUCGAAAAUGAACGUCGUCGACUUCUUCCGAUCGCUCGCACUGAUCUAGACGACAAUCUAUUCUGA